AUGCUUAAUUGUCAGCGUUUAAAACAGGUCCACAAAUUUUGCCAAAUUUCAACUAAAAUUUUAACAAGUAAAUUACUGGCUAUUUGUGUAAAGGUAGAAAAAAUCAGAAAGUUUAGUAUAAUACUUGCCGUUUGUUUAAGUGCACAUUUGGUCAGUUUUAUAUUUUGUAGCGACGCAAAAACACAAUUUCUGCCUGCUUUGUCAUUUGUCUUCAUCAAAAUAGCCAAUCAGGCACACAAUGGAUUUCCAAAAUGUGGAGAAUUUUUACUUCCUAAUUUACAUUAUAUUAUUUCUUUUUGUCAAAGGAGAGAUUUUCGUCGGAACUCACAUGAAAUGAAAAUUGAUCAUGUUAAUAGAAUGUAUUUAUUUAACUAUUGUGGAAUUAUAAAAUAUAAUUAUUGCAAUUCAAGAAGCUCAGUUUCCAUUGAUAUGAAUGCCCUAUGUGAAUUCUUUCCUCAAAAUACAAUAACCUCUUUAUUUUAG